AUAGAAAGAAUGUUUGAAUGUUCAGGCUUCUAAGUGACAGAAAAGCAGCUUGCCUGAAAAAUGAUUUUGUUCUGGCUUCUCACCAGUGUUAAUUCACUUGGAAACCAAGUCAGUUUUCUCCCCUUUACUGAACUCUGGGUUUCUUUUCCACUCAAGGGCCCUGACAUCAAAGAAGGAAAUGGAGCGGAAAUCAGGCUACAGAGCGGCUGCUAUUCACUCGGGAAACCUUAUUGUUUUCCGUCCUUUGUUCUCCUCUCGACCCCUGCCAACCCCCAGGCUGCACGACCCUCUGAAGGCCUGAGCCUGGAGCGAUAGGAGCGGGGGGAACUGAAACGCCGCGGAACCAGAGGCGGAGGCAGCGGCGCGACGGAGGGAGGAGGAGCGACGGACCGGCAGGCCUAGCUCUGGGGCUGCGGCGGCUGAAGCGCGGGGAUGGAGCCCCUGCGGGUGCUGGAGCUGUACAGUGGCGUGGGCGGCAUGCACCACGCGCUGAGAGAAAGCUGUAUACCUGCACAAGUGGUGGCUGCCAUUGAUGUCAACACUGUCGCUAAUGAAGUAUACAGGUUUAAUUUUCCUCACACACAGUUACUUGCCAAGACAAUUGAGGGCAUUACACUCCAAGAGUUUGACAGAUUAUCUUUUGAUAUGAUUUUAAUGAGCCCUCCGUGUCAGCCAUUCACAAGGAUUGGCCGGCAGGGAGAUAUGACUGAUUCAAGGACAAAUAGCUUCUUAUAUAUUCUAGAUAUUCUCCCAAGAUUACAAAGAUUACCAAAGUAUAUUCUUUUGGAAAAUGUUAAAGGUUUUGAAGUGUCUUCUACAAGAGAUCUCUUGCUACAAACAAUAGAAAAUUGUGGCUUUCAGUACCAAGAGUUUCUAUUAUCUCCAACCUCUCUUGGCAUUCCAAAUUCAAGGCUACGAUAUUUUCUUAUUGCAAAGCUUCAGUCAGAGCCAUUACCUUUUCAAGCCCCUGGUCAGGUACUGAUGGAGUUCCCCAAAAUUGAAUCUGCACAUCCACAAAAGUAUGCAAUGGAUGUCGAAAAUAAAAUUCAAGGAAAGAACACUGACCCAAAUAUUAGCUUUGACAGCAGCAUACACUGUUCUGGAAAAGAUGCCAUUCUUUUUAAGCUUGAAACUGCAGAAGAAAUUCACAGGAAAAAUCAACAAGAUAGUGAUCUCUCUGUGCAGAUGCUAAAAGAUUUUCUUGAAGAUGACGUUGACAUGAACCAGUAUCUUUUACCACCAAAGUCAUUGCUGCGAUAUGCUCUACUAUUAGACAUUGUUCAGCCCACUUGUAGAAGGUCCAUGUGCUUUACCAAAGGAUAUGGAAGCUACAUAGAAGGGACAGGGUCUGUGUUACAGACUGCAGAGGAUGUGCAGAUUGAGAAUAUCUACAAAUCUCUUACCAAUUUGUCACAAGAAGAAAAGAUAACAAAGCUGUUAAUGCUUAAACUACGAUAUUUUACUCCUAAAGAAGUAGCAAAUCUCCUUGGAUUUCCUCCAGAGUUCGGAUUUCCUGAGAAGAUAACAGUGAAACAGCGUUAUCGCCUACUUGGAAAUAGCCUCAACGUGCAUGUAGUAGCUAAACUAAUCAAAAUCCUGUAUGAAUAAUUUUAAGUAACUCUGAAAGGUGGUCAUACGAUAUUCCUUCAUUUUCAGAGAACAAUUCUGAAAUUCUGUUUUGAACUAAUUCUGGUGAACUGUAACUAAAUUAUUUUAAUCCAUCUUUAAUAUGAAAUUUGGAUUUUAUUUUAAAAAUCCACAUGGUUUUCAAAUUUAUGUUAGUGUAUUUUAUAAAAUAUAAAUUAUUGUUAUGCUUUAUGGAGAGUAUAUUUUCAUAUGGAAUGUAAAUAUGUAUGUGGAAUAUUCUUUUUAAAAAUUAUGCUAUAAACAAAGAGCACCUAGAAUUUUAGUGUCUAUGUUAAUAUCUUGUGAAGUGUCAUAACAGGCCUAACAUUUUUAUGUUAAUUUAAAAAGUUUUUUAUUUCUAAUUUUAAAAUGAUUCUAGUUCUAGCCUAUUGAAUGUUUUACUUAAUUUCCAAUCCUUUAAACAUUUCUUUAUUUCAUCUAAACAAAUGCAUAUGAUAUGUAAACCAAACUAUCAUUAUUCAAUUUAUACAGCAGUCUGAAGAAUAUGUCAGGAAAAAUAAUCCUCAAUUUUUGAUUACCUCUCCACCAAGUAGUCACAGAAAAUGUUGGUGCUCAUUAUCUACAUUUUCCUCAGCCUCUAUCUGAAGGACAACACUCAUUGUUCCUUCUUCAUUUUGUAUGUACUUUCCUUUAGUUUGCUAUUAUCAAAGCUUGUUUUUGUCUUCUUAGCUUCUGAGUUUAAUUUGCCAUUACACACUGAGGAAUGUAGCACGGUUAAGAUUUCGGGGAGGAAGCUGUCCUCUGACCCCAUGCCGUAUGACAUCCCCUUCCCACAAUUGUUUUUUACUGUGGUGACAUAUACUCUGAAUUAACUUUUAGGGCUUUUAACUUUCUCUGUCUCUCAUCCUCAGUAGGUUUCUUGGAAUUAGAGUUUCUAAUCAAACUAAGUCAUGCAUCAUAAAUUCCACGGUUUGUGAUAAAAGUAAGUGACAAAGAGAGAUGAAAAGAAACAAGUCCAGAGAUCUUACUACAGGAUUUUUAUUCAAAUAUUUAUUCUUAAAAAUCAACUAUUUGGACGUGGAGAAAUUGAAAGUUUGUGCAUUCCUUGUGGGAACAUAAAGUGGUGCAGCAGCUGUUGGAAAACAGUGUGGAGGUUCUUCACAAAAUUCAACAUAGAAUGACCCUAUGAUUCAGCAUUUCCACCUCUGGCUAGAGACCCAAACGAGUUGAAAGCAGGGUCUUGAGCAGAUAUUUGUACACCAGUGUUUAUACCACCAUUGUUCACAGUAACCUAAAGAUAGAAGCAGCCCAAGUGUCAUCCCAUUCACCCAUGACUGGAUAAACGAAAUGUGUUACAUGCGUGUAGUGGAAUAGUACCACCUGCAACAGGAAGGAAAUUCUAACAUAUGCUGUGACACGGACGAACCUUAAGUACAUCAUGUGAAAUGAAAUGAGCCACUCUGCAGGGAGGGAGAAUGGGUAAUUAGUGCUUUAUGGGUAUACAGUUUCUGUUUGGGAUGAUGAGAAAGUUCUGGAAGUGAUGGGGAGGGUGAUUGCACAACAGUGUGAAUGUACUUAAUGCCACUGCAACUGUAAAUUUAAAAAUAGUUUGUGAUAAAUGUAACAUGUAUAUUUUACUGCAAUUGAAAACAUACUCUAUUACCAAUUUUUCAGAACUCAGAUAAAUAUGACUAUAGGGAAGCUGUAAGCCAGCCCUGUACAGAAACUAUUACUAUCUACAUUUUGCAUAUGUGUUCAAAGACAGAGCCUAUUACAAGUCUCAUAAGUUCCAGUAAACAGUCAAAUUAUUUUGGCACAUUUUCAUGUAGGUUCUCUUCACUGCUGAAAGAUUCUAAAUAAAAUGGUUUAGGGUUUUACUGUGACUGUACUAAUAGCUAUGCUAUAGUUAUAGUAUCCUACACUCUGUUGAGCAACAUUAUACAAAAUAAGUGUGGUUACCGAGCACCAAAUUUGAACACUUGAAAGGUCUGUAGAGACAUUGCUUACAAACUGGAAGACAGAAUGUAGCUUUGUGGAAUUUUUAAAUUAUGGAAAUGUAUUCACAGGAAGAUGGUGAUUCUUGCCCUUAAUUCAUAAUUGAAAAUAUACAGUAACAAGCAUAAAAACUCACAUCUUAAUGAAGAUGUAUCUACCAGUGUCAUUUAAUUAGCAGGUGUAUAGGUAUGCAUAAUUAAUUUGGAAAAUGCUCUUUAUGGAAUGUCUGCUAUAUGUUUUUUGUAAUGCUGUAUAAAAUUUGCACUGGAAAUUCUGUUUCAUGAUAUUUGGGCCUGUAUAUUUAUUCAGAUGUUGGAAAACAUAGCUUCUCAUUAUCAAGAGAACUAUGUGUAAUUCAGUCUUCACCAUACCUAACAGUAAACUGAUUUUUCAUUCUCCUUUUCCCAUCACCUCUGCUCUUUUAAGUGGCUUGUGAGGUAAUUCUAAGUUAUUUAUUACCCUGCCUCCUAUUUUUAAUAUGGCUUCAGGAUCCAAAACUAAUUCUAAAGGAUGAUCAAAUCAAUUAACGUAAACAAAAUGAGUCAUAAUUGGAAAAUUAUUUUGAAGACAUGGGUAGUCAUUGCAGGAGGGGUCAGAGCCUGACAAUCCUCAGUAGGAGAGAUGAAAGAGGAAUGACAGCAUCACCUUCUCAGAGGACCCUGGACAAGGUGUUCUGGCUGUUCAGUCAGACCUGCACCAUGGGCAUUGCCCUGUGCCUGGAAAGGUAAGAAAGUACCUCCAACCUUCAGCUAGCUUGUUCUUCCUCAAAAAGUAGAGCCUUCUAAAGAGGCAAAACCAGUAGCUGAAGUUGUGAACAGUAAGGGUCCACCCAACACUUUUUUUUUUUUUUUUUUAGAAAUUUGAGGGUAAAUUGUUGCUUGAAAUGAUCCAACUUUUGAAAGAGUUAAAGUUGUUUAGUAUAGAGGCUUUUAAGUUGCCCUGAAAGGCUGCAUUGCUACCAUGUGAGAUGUAAAGUUAGGUGGAGUUAGAGGUGAGUGCGGGCAAUUCAGUGCAUUGCUUGUGGGUAGAAUUCCUCAGCAGAAACCCCCAUCUGGCUUUUGCUCCCAUCUCAACUUAGUUCAGGUCUAGAGGGAUUAAGCUGGAGAUUUCUGAGGAGAGAGAAAUGAACUAAAGAUAAAUAAAACUGGUUUAACUUUAGCUAUAGCAGAACAGAACAAAGCAACCUCAUUUCAUUCAACAUCAAGCAACUACUAAACAAUAUAUUCUCCAAGCCACUUGUAUCUGCAUCCAAACUAGUCACUCUGGUUGCUCUUCUGAAAAAAAGAAGUUUCUAAAUAAGCCAAGAUAAUAUAAUAAGGACCAAAUUUUAAGCCCACAUAGAUGAAGAGGUUAACGUGAGUUUUCUGAGUUGCUUAUGUUAGGAACAGAAGGUUACCUUGUCAUAAUUUGGCCUUCAGCUUGGAGUUCUGUUUUAGGCCAUCAGUUAUGACACUGACUUACUAAUAGCUUUGGACUUUGAAAUUCAGUGAGGGUCAUAUAGCGUCAGCAAUUUUUUUUGUAGCUUGUGAUUGCAUUGAGAUUAUAUAAUUUUUAAAGACAUGGCCUUUGGACCUCUGUCUACUAAUCUCUUCCUCUCAUCAUCUACCAUUCAAAUGUGCUAUAUACAACUAUCAUAUCAACUUCUUAGCAAGCACUUUUCUGGUCCUCCAUCAUAUCCACCGAGAUGUCUAGUUAUGCCUUUCCCUUAGCUUUUUUUUUUUUUGAGACAGAGUCUCACUCUGUUGCCCAGGCUGGAGUGCCAACGCAGGAUCUCGGCUCACUGCACCCUCCCACUUCCAUUCAAGUGGUUUUCCUGCCUUAGUCUCCCUAGUAGCUGGGAUUACAGGCAUAUGCCACCAUGGUUAGCUAAAAAUAAUUUUUGUAUUAGGAGAGAUGGGGUUUCACCAUGUUGGCCAGGCUGGUUGCAAACACUGGAGCUCAAGUUGAUCCCCCCACCUCAGCCUCCCAAAGUGCUGGGUAUUACAGGUGUGAGCCACCGCACCCAGCCUCCCUUUGCAUAUUUUUUAAAAGGCAUUAAGCAUCUUGCACAUGUUCUUUAGUUCCAGUUUGCAUGGGUCAAGCUGUCUGCGUCAUUUUCCCUUUCAUAUUCUUUGUCUUUGCUGCUAAAAUUUUAAAGCUUCAGUGUAAACAACAACAAAAAAAUGUCUUUUUUUUGUUUCUGGCUUCUGUUUCUCUCUUUAGGCUGUCUAGGAACAUUUUAAGGUACUCAGGCUCUUCAAAAUCUACACAAUCAAGAUCCAAACUCCAUCACCAUUCUUGUCUAGUUUGUGAAUUUAUUUCUUUUUAAAUAUAUUUGUUCAAGAAAUAUGAGCAUGUGCAAAAAGCUGUUUUGACUUUGUAUUCCCCAAGCUCUCAUAUAAGUUGGUUAAAUAUUUACCAUAGAGUCUUACUUUCAACCACAUCCAGCACUUACUGAAGUCUCCCUCAAGUGUAACACCCUUGACUUUUAGAGCUUCCAAAAUCUCCUUUUUCUUAUAAAUAAGAGACUGGAAAUUUUUACAAAAACUAAAAGAUAGGAAUUUAAUUCUCCCGUAGAAUUCUCUUCUGAAUAGCCCUAGAGUUUUUCAUUUUGUUGCUUGUACCUAGCAUGGGUUCAAUGUUUACUUCAAAUAUUUGCUCUGUAUUUUGUUUGCAUUUUGAUUUCUAUUUUUAUCAGAAUAGAUUGAAAUUAGAAGAGUGUGCAUAGAGAACAUGUUUGUUUAGCUAAAUUAGCUCUGUAAUCAGAUGAGAUCACCUAGAGGGUCAGAGGAUGAGAGUGAAAGUUAGAAAGAGAAGAGCAGAGACUUGGAGCUGACUUACCUGAAGAUUCAGUCCUCAGGUCUCUUUCUACCCUUCACUUUUCAAGCCAUUUUUUUCCCCCAAAGAGUCUCACCCUUUCCUACAACUUCAGCCAUUCUGCCGAUGACACCCAGAUGACUCUAAAUCUGCUAUUUUCCUAAGUCCUGUUCUACAAUCUUCAUGUUAGGAUAUUUUUAACUUAGAUGUUUCGCUAUUCAAGUUGUCAAAUUUGCAUCAAAUUUAGCAUGGUUGCAAUGUAAGCAUCCUCCUUACUGUAGUCAGUUCCACUCACGACUUUACUGUUUUUCUUUAUGGUUCCGUUACGCUCCAGAUCUUCCAAGUUUAAGCAUCAUAACCCAAGAUCAUCUUCACCUUCUUUCUCACUCUGCAUUCCAUUGGUCAGCUUCUGUUAAAAUAGCCUUCCUAAGGCAAGCCUUCUCUGAACGAUCAUUUAUUUUUAGGAAAACUUAUAAAAAGUCACUGAGAUCUAAAAACACCCACAUACAUAUUUGCAAUCAUAUUUGUGUGCUUGGUUAAACGUGUUGACAUUUAACAGAUUUGAGCCUUCUAAAUUUAAUCUAGCAUGAAUGUCAUUUUUACUAAAAUAUUUGCUAUUUUACUCAGCUGGUUCCUUACACAAGUCCUGUUAAAUUUCACACGUGAAAAAAAUGACUGAAAACACCUAAUGGAAUGUGAUACUCCUUGUGUAGUAGAAAUGAGUUGAGUUUGAUAUUUGAGAGCUGGUGCUAUGAAUGAAUAGACAAUAAGGCGAAUAGUUGUUAUGAUUUGAGUUUUCUAAAUGGAAAAUGUUUCAUGUUUUAGAGAAUGUGAACUUCCACAAGGGCGGAGAUUGUUAAUACUUUUUUUCCUUCAGUGAUGUUAAAACAGUACUGGCAUGUAGUAAGCACUCAAUGAAUAUGUGUUGAAUGAGUGAAUAUAGGAACCAUACUGGAAUCGAUACUGAAGCUACAGAGAAAAAGCAUCACACCGCAGAGUUCAAAUAGUGUCUUGAAGUUAUUCUCUUGAAAACUAUUUAACUUGUUUGUUACUACCACUUCUUCCAUGCCCAGUGGAACAGCCAAAGUUAUUCAAGUCCAGAACACAUGAUUUAAAAAAUAAUUCUAGGGUAGGCUUGACAUUUUGGCUUUUGGAAAGUUGUGCAAAUAAAACUCUUUAAAAUACUAUAUUUUGACUUCUGGUCUUGACAAGAGUGUAGAGUUAUUUCUCCUUGCUUCUCCCUGAAAAGUACAAUUAUAAACUCUGGAUAAGUAUAAUUAUAAAAUAAUGUAAGAGGAAUCAGGAGAAUUCUGAAAAGUGGGAAAAGAGGAAGACACACUGGCUAGGGACCCCAAGACUAGAGGAACAGCAUGGUUCCAAGACAUCUGACCCCUCAUCUUUCUGACCUACAACCUAGCAACAGAAAGCAGCCCAGAGAGAGUUGUUCCUACAGAAGAGGGAACUGAAGUCUAGUUGGUAAUACCAGAUGAGUCUGGCUCUACCAGCAUGGGGGAUAUAUAUGAGAAACCCUGCUGACAAACAUCCAGACCGGAGGCUUGUGUGCUGAGAGGAAGAUCCAGGGGGCUCUGGCAAAAAGCAUCUGACCCAUUAUCUGAGCUGGAGACUGCCUUCUCCCAGAGGUACCAUGGGACCUGGCUUGGGGGAGAAUCCUUCUUUUCUUAAAGUAGCAUCAUGGAGGACCAUUCAGGAGCCCGAGCAGCACCAGAUAAACCAAAGCAGACCAAAAUAACACUGCAAAGGCUCUAAAAACUAAAUUACUGUUGGAGUCACAGCCCACAAAAAACUAAGCCAGGGCUUGCAUGCUAAACAUAAAUGGAGUGACUGCCUGCUAAAAUAAAAGAUUCAAAUAAUAGACAAAAUAUUCAGGAUACAGUGUAAAAUAGCCUGUCAUACCAAGAACCAGAAAAAUCACAACUUGAAUAAGAAAUGACAGUCAAAAACAGAUGACAACACUGAGACGAACCAGAUGUUGGAAUUACCUGACGCGGAUUUUAAGCGACUCUUGUAAAACUGCUUCAAUGAGUACUUACAAAUUGUCUUGCAACAAAGAGAUAGAAAAGUCAGCAAGGAAAGAGAAGUUAAUACAAGAACCAUCGUGAUAAGUGCACCAUAUGCCAGAUUUAAACAUAGAAAUAAAUGGCAGUUAUACAACUGAAAAAUGCAAUAACAAAAUAGCAAACAUUCAGUGGUGACAGAUAAUUUGUAGAUCCUGGACAUUUUGUCUGUUACAUUAACUUUAUUUUCAGAAAGUUAAUUAUGAUGUGUCUUGGCAUGAAUUUCUUUCAUCAUGGCAGAUAUUUCAAAGUGAAUGUAAUAUCUUGUUUGGUGUUCAUUUAGCUUCUUGAAUCUGUACAUUUAUAUUCUUUGCUAAAUUUGAGAUCAGUGAUAGAGAGGAAAUGACAGAAGAUAGAAAUCAGUGAACCUGAGGACAGAUUAGUAGAAUUUACCUAAUCUGAAUGAUGGGGCGAAAAUAGGCUGACAAAAAAAAUUAAGAACCUUGGGGACCUGUGGGACAAUAACAAAAGGACCAACAGUUAUAUGUUUGGGAUGCCGGAAGUAGAGGGGAAAAAAAUGUAGCUGAAAGAGUGUUCAAAUAAUGACUGAAAACAUCCCAAUUUUGGCAAAACCUUAAAAGCGGCUGGAGAAAAAUGACACAUUGCUGUGGGGCGAGAGACACAGUAGAUGUCUCAUCAGAAACCAUGAGGACCAGAAGGAGGUGGCAUUGUCCACUAUGAAUUCUGUAUCUAGCCAAACUAUCCUUCAAGAGCUCUCUCUCAUACCUAUAUAUGUAUAGAUACACAUGUACCUCUAUGCAGCGCUUUACAAUUAUUAGGCAGUGCAGGUAGUGACAUGGAAUUAGGCUUAUGUGAAAUAAUCAAAGAGAUCUAACAUGUACCUCUAAUGACUGUAACGAAUUGUUCAUCUGAAAAUAGAUUGGAAUAAAAUAAUGAUAGUUAUGA